CCCGGUCCUGGAGCGUGCACGCACCGAGACGCCUUGCGGGAGCGAGCGCGUCCGGGAGCCCGCGGGCCGAGAAACUCGGCUGGUUGGGGCGACCCGGGCCCGCGGCUCAGGUACCUGCAGAGCAAUGGAUUCCUUGGAUCACAUGUUGACCGACCCCCUGGAACUGGGUCCGUGUGGAGACGGCCAUGGCACACGCAUCAUGGAGGACUGCCUCCUGGGGGGCACGAGGGUCAGUCUACCUGAGGACCUCCUGGAGGAUCCUGAGGUAUUCUUUGACGUGGUCAGCCUGUCGACUUGGCAAGAGGUACUGAGUGACUCCCAGCGUGAGCACCUCCAGCACUUCCUGCCCCACUUCCCUGAAGACAACCUGGAGCAGCAGAAUGAGCUUAUCCUCGCACUCUUCAGCGGUGAGAACUUCCGCUUUGGAAACCCUCUGCACAUCGCCCAGAAGCUCUUCCGAGAUGGACACUUUAACCCUGAGGUGGUCAAGUACCGGCAGCUAUGCUUCAAGUCACAGUACAAGAGAUACCUCAACUCUCAGCAGCAAUAUUUCCAUCGACUGCUGAAGCAAAUUCUUGCCUCCCGGAGUGACCUCUUGGACAUGGCCCGGCGGAGUGGCCCAGCCCCUUCCUUCCGACAGAAGCGCCCUUCACCAUCUCGAACCCCCGAGGAGCGGGAGUGGCGAACCCAGCAGCGCUACUUAAAGGUCUUGAGGGAGGUGAAGGAGGAGUGUGGCGACACAGCCCUGUCCUCUGACGAAGAGGCCACGUUGGAUUUACAAGAAAAAUUUUCUUUUGAAGAUCUCACCUCAUGGCUUCCGAGCUCUCCAGCACGUUCUCCUAGCCCUGCGGUGCCCCUGAGGGUGGUGCCCACACUUUGUACCAUGGACAUGAAAACUGCAGAUAAAAUAGAAUUGGGUGACAGUGACCUGAAGAUAAUGUUAAAGAAGCACCAUGAGAAGCGGAAGCAUCAACCAGAUCACCCAGACCUUUUGACAGGGGACCUCACGCUCAAUGACAUCAUGACGCGAGUCAAUGCUGGCAGGAAGGGCUCUCUAGCAGCCCUGUAUGACCUGGCUGUCCUUAAAAAGAAAGUAAAGGAGAAAGAGGAAAAGAAGAAGAAGAAAAUCAAAGUGAUCAAAUCGGAGGUGGAGGAGCUGGCAGAGCCGCUCAGCGGCACUGAGGGCCUCCCACCCCUCUCACAAGCCCCAUCUCCGCUGGCGAUACCAGCCAUCAAGGAGGAGCCCCUUGAAGACCUCAAGCCUUGCCUUGGAAUCAAUGAAAUAUCUUGCAGCUUCUUCUCUCUUCUCCUAGAGAUCUUGCUGUUGGAGGGGCAGGCUAGCCUCCCUAUGCUGGAAGAGCGAGUUCUGGACUGGCAGUCCUCUCCAGCCAGCUCCCUCAAUAGCUGGUUCUCCGCGGCCCCCAACUGGGCGGAGCUGGUGUUGCCAGCCCUCCAGUAUCUUGCUGGAGAAAGUCGCGCCGUACCUUCCAGUUUCUCUCCUUUUGUUGGAUUCAGAGAGAAAACCCAGCAGUGGAAAUUGCUUGGCCAGUCUCAAGAUAAUGAAAAGGAGCUAGCUGCACUCUUCCACCUGUGGCUAGAAACCAAAGACCACAUCUUCUGUAAGCAAGAAAACGAAGAUAGCUCAGAUGCCACAACACCUGUCCCUCGCGUAAGAACUGACUAUGUGGUGCGGCCAAGCACAGGGGAGGAGAAACGGGUUUUUCAGGAACAGGAACGCUACAGAUACAGCCAACCCCACAAGGCCUUCACCUUCCGCAUGCACGGCUUUGAGUCUGUAGUGGGACCCGUGAAGGGGGUAUUUGAUAAGGAGACCUCACUCAACAAGGCCCGAGAGCACUCCCUGCUACGCUCAGACCGGCCUGCGUAUGUCACCAUCCUCUCUCUUGUUCGAGACGCUGCGGCUCGCCUGCCUAAUGGUGAAGGCACUCGGGCAGAGAUCUGUGAAUUGCUCAAGGACUCUCAGUUCCUUGCACCGGAUGUCACCAGCACUCAGGUAAACACGGUCGUCAGUGGUGCCCUGGACCGGUUACAUUAUGAAAAAGAUCCCUGUGUGAAAUAUGACAUUGGACGGAAGCUGUGGAUCUACUUGCAUCGAGACCGGAGCGAGGAGGAAUUUGAGCGGAUACAUCAAGCACAAGCAGCCGCAGCUAAAGCUAGAAAAGCCCUUCAGCAGAAACCCAAGCCCCCGUCCAAGGUGAAGUCCAAUAGCAAGGAGAGCUCGCUGAAGGUUCUCAGCGGCCCUUCUGAGCCGAGCCAGCUGAGCCUCAGUGACUCCAGCAUGCCUCCCACCCCAGUCACACCGGUGACCCCCACCACGCCAGCCUUGCCCACCACGCCUAUCUCCCCUCCGCCUAUCUCCAUGAGCAAAAGUGGCCCGACCACUGUCUCAGAACCAGCCAAAUCUAGCUCAAGUGUCCUUCUGGUGUCUUCGCCAACAAUGCCACAGCUCGGAACAAUGCUUUCUCCAGCUCCCAGCCAGACUCCACCAAGUUCUCAGGCGGCUGCCCGCGUCGUGAGCCACUCUGGCUCCACGGGCCUCCCCCAGGUGCGGGUGGUGGCCCAGCCUAGUCUUCCCACUGUCACUCAGCAGUCAGCAGGCCCCACGCAGACACUGCCACAGAUGUCCACAGGACCACAGGCCCGAGUUCCUGCCACUGCUACACAGACCAAAGUCCUCCCCCAGACAGUGAUGGCCACUGUCCCGGUGAAAGCUCAGACCCCGGCGGCCCCUGUGCAGCGACCUGGACCUGGGCAGACGGGGCUCACGGUGACAAGUCUCCCUGGCACAGCCAGCCCUGCAAGUAAGCCAGCCACCAGUUCCCCUGGGAGCUCUGCCCCAAGUGCUUCCACAGCUGCUGUCAUACAGAAUGUCGCAGGACAGAAUAUCAUCAAGCAGGUGGCAAUCACAGGGCAGCUUGGUAUGAAGCCCCAGACGGGCAACAGCAUUCCCCUCACUGCCACCAACUUCCGCAUCCAGGGUAAGGAUGUAUUGCGUCUGCCACCCUCUUCAAUCACCACAGAUGCUAAAGGCCAGACGGUUCUGCGAAUCACUCCGGACAUGAUGGCCACACUAGCCAAGUCCCAGGUUACCACCGUCAAACUGACCCAGGACCUCUUUGGAACAGGAAGCAGCACCGCGGGCAAAGGCAUUUCUGCUACCCUGCACGUCACUUCCAAUCCUGUCCGUGCAGCUGAUAGCCCUGCCAAGGCCAGCUCAGCCAGUGCCCCUUCAUCCACUCCGACAGGUACCACCGUGGUCAAAGUGACUCCUGACCUCAAGCCAACUGAAGCCUCGAGUUCGGCUUUUCGCUUGAUGCCUGCCCUUGGCGUGAGUGUGGCAGACCAGAAAGGGAAAAACACGGUGGUCUCCUCAGAUUCGAAGCCAGCUGCCACAAUCCGCAUCGUGCAGGGCCUGGGCGUGAUGCCACCCAAAGCAGGCCAGGCCAUCACCGUCGCCACCCACGCCAAGCAGGCGUCCUCGGUAGCCAGUGGGUCUGGGACUGUCCACACAUCAGCAGUCUCCUUGCCCAGCAUGAAUGCUGCCGUGUCCAAGACUGUGGCCAUAUCUUCCGGGGCAACGAGCACGCCCAUCAGCAUGGGGACAGGAGCCCCCACGGUGCGGCAGGUCCCUGUCGUCAGCACCGCGGUUGUUUCCUCAUCCCAGGCCGGAAAGAUGCCCACACGGAUCACGGUUCCACUGUCUGUGAUUAGCCAGCCUAUGAAGGGCAAAAGUGUGGUUACAACCCCCAUCAUCAAAGGCAACCUUGGAGCCAACCUCAGUGGGCUAGGCCGCAACAUCAUCCUCACCACCAUGCCGGCGGGCACCAAGCUCAUUGCCGGCAACAAGCCCGUCAGCUUCCUCACUGCCCAGCAGUUGCAGCAGCUGCAGCAGCAAGGCCAGGCCACACAGGUGCGCAUCCAGACGGUCCCUGCAUCCCACCUUCAACAGGGGACGGCCUCCGGUUCUUCCAAAGCCGUCUCCACUGUGGUUGUGAGCACGGCUCCAUCCCCUAAACAGGCUUCUGAGCAGCAGUGACUCUGAAAACGAAGGGUGGCUUCCGUCUAAGCCCAGGCCUGGAGGCCCUUCUGGCUGAGCAGAGGGGAGCAAGGUCACCUCCUCCCUCUGAGCUUGUCUGUUGAGGGGCGGCCGCAGUGGGAAGGUAGCAGCAGCGGUGCUGUACCAAGGACGGUUCGCUCCAUGUCCCAGGGCCUGUCCUGUACCGACCCAGGAGAUGCUUCUCAACUAGAACUGUGGGAGGCCACAGUGGUGCGCACAAGCCAAAGUUCUCUGCGAGCAAGAUGUGAGGGAAGGCCGCCCGCUGCAGGGUGUGCAGGCAGACGAGCCUUGUUCUGUGUGUGGCUCGUAUUUUCACUCCUGGUCUUCCCGGUGGCUGAUGGUAUGGCUAGGAGUUUUGUGUCCAGAAAUUUUUACGUAACUUAUUUUUUUAAGAACCGAUUGUACAUCUUUAUGAAAUUUAGCAACCCUGGACUCUAGCCUCCCCCUCCCCCAACUCAUGACUUAUGCAUUUGAUGGAAUGAGAGAACAGCAAGAGACUUCACUAAAACAGUGGCCGGCCUGGAGACUGUGAGAACGGAGAAACCGGAAGAUGGGAAACAAGCAGGAGGUGAGGUGGCGGGCGGCCUGGCCAGGAUGCUGAGCGGCGUUGCCUUUAAAAGAUGCUUAUCAGGAUCUUGAUUGUGGUCCGUUAUCUUCACUCCUCAACUUUGUCCUCCUUAUCAAGUCUGUCCAAGUGCAAGCUCAGGGCCAAGCAAACAUGAAAAUAAAACCUGCCUUUGCCCCACA